GCGAGGCACAGGGCAGAAAAGUUUCUUUACAGGAAUGGGCAAGUUAGAGAUGAACGCUUUUCUUUUACACAUCAGCCCCGCGAUCUCCUCAGCAACAAAGGAUUGGAUAUAAGGAUCGAGUGCGCCUGAGAAGCAGCUCCAGAUUUGGGGAUUUUUUUUUUCUUUCUUUCUUUUUUCUGGGGUCAUCUCGUACUUUUGGAUUGGUUGCGCUUCAUCUGAAGAUAAAAGUAAAAGAAGGGGGGGUGUUCACUUGUGUGGCCAGACAGAAAAAUGCGUUCCUCUACGCUGCCUCGCAGCUUUGCAAAGUUUGCGGCGGUUUUCCUGCUGUUUUUGAUAUUGGAGAGCGGAUCUGGUACUAACACAAGGACGUGUCCCUCUCCCUGCGCUUGUUUUCGGGAGCUUGUGGACUGCAGUCGGCUGAAAAGGGGGCAAACACUACCAGACGCGAUCCCGGAAUGGACAGUUCAACUGGACCUGAGCCAUAACAAAUUGCGGGUGCUUGACAGCACUUUGUUUUCCAAACUACAACAUCUAAAUGAAAUAAAGCUGAACCACAAUGACCUGGAGGAGAUGCCCGAUCUGGGCCCUUAUGCUUCAAACAUCACAACACUCAUUCUAGCAAACAACAAGAUCACCAGGAUCUCUGAGGACCAGCUCCGGCCCUUCCUUGCUCUGGAAACCCUCGACCUCAGUAACAACAAUAUUGUGGAAAUAAAGGCCAGCUCCUUCCCCGCACUGCCUCUCAAGAGCUUGUUUCUCAACAAUAAUCGGCUGUCCUCUCUGGAGACUGGCUGCUUCACCAACCUGUCGAGCACGCUGCAGGUUCUCCGGCUCAACCGCAACCGCCUCUCCAACAUACGAGCCAAGAUCUUUGAGCUGCCCCACCUCCAGCAUCUAGAGCUGAGCAGAAACCGGAUUCGCAGGGUGGAGGGCCUGACGUUCCAACACCUGCACAGCCUUCGCUCCCUGAAGAUGCAGAGAAACGGCCUGAACCGCCUGAUGGACGGAGCUUUCUGGGGCCUCAGCAGUAUGGAAGUCCUGCAGCUGGACUACAACAACCUGACAGAGGUGAGCAAGGGUUGGCUGUACGGCCUGCUGUCUCUGCAGCAGCUCCACCUCAGCCACAACGCCAUCAGCAAGAUCAAAUCUGACGCCUGGGAGUCCUGCCCGAAGCUCAGUGAGCUCAACCUGUCCUCCAAUCACCUGUCCAGGCUGGACGAAUCAGGAUUCGCUGGUCUCAGCGUGCUUGACGAGCUUGAUGUUGGAAACAACCGUGUGAGCUUUAUCGCUGACGGAGCUUUCCGUGGUCUCUCCAACCUGCAGAUGCUCGAUCUCCAAUAUAAUGAAAUCUCCUGGACUAUUGAAGACAUGAAUGGACCUUUCUCUGCUUUGGACAAACUGAAAAAACUAUUUCUGCAGGGGAACCAGAUCCGUUCUGUGACCAAGAAGUCUUUCUCAGGCCUGGACGCUCUGCAGCACCUAGAUUUGAGUAAUAACGCCAUCAUGUCCAUCCAAGCGAACGCCUUCUCCCAGAUGAAGAACCUGCAGGAGCUACGUCUAAAUACCUCGAGCCUCCUGUGCGACUGCCAGCUGAAGUGGCUACCCAUCUGGGUGGCAGAGCAAACCUUCCUGCACUGUGUCAAUGCCAGCUGCGCCCACCCGCAAAUACUGCAGGGCAGGAGCGUGUUCGCCGUCCGCCAGGAGGAGUUUGUAUGUGAGGAUUUUCCAAAGCCUCAGAUCACCGUGCAGCCAGAAACCCAAUCGGCCCUCAAGGGCACCAACGUGACGUUUGUGUGCUCUGCGGCCAGCUCAAGCGACUCACCUAUGACCUUCGCCUGGAAAAAAGACAAUGAGGUUCUUAACGAUGCCGAGAUCCACAACCAGGCCCACCUACGGGUGCAAGGGGGAGCAGGAGGUGAAACGGAGGUGACGGAGUACACGACCACACUGCAGCUCCGUAAUGUUGAGUUUUCCAGUGAGGGGAAGUACCAGUGUGUGAUCUCCAACCACUUUGGAUCCUCCUAUUCCACCAAGGCCAGACUCACUGUCAACAUGCUCCCUUCCUUCACAAAGAUGCCCAUGGACUUGAGUAUCCGCGCUGGAGCGAUGGCUAGGCUGGAGUGUGCUGCUGUUGGUCAUCCUUCCCCCCAGAUCGCCUGGCAGAAAGAUGGAGGCACUGACUUUCCUGCUGCCCGUGAACGCCGGAUGCAUGUCAUGCCGGAGGAUGAUGUCUUUUUUAUUGUGGAUGUCAAGACUGAAGACAUUGGUGUUUAUAGCUGCACAGCUCAAAAUACAGCUGGAGCUAUUUCUGCAAAUGCUACACUGACAGUUCUAGAAACGCCGUCCUUCUUGCGACCACUCAUGGAUCGCACUGUGGCCAAAGGCGAGACUGCAGUCCUCCAGUGCAUUGCUGGUGGAAGCCCUCCCCCAAAGCUGAAUUGGACCAAAGAUGAAUGCCCACUGGUGGUUACUGAGCGCCAUUUCUUCGCAGCGGCCAACCAACUCCUUAUCAUUGUUGAUGCUGCAGAGGCAGAUGCAGGAAAGUAUACUUGCGAGAUGUCCAACACACUGGGAACGGAGAGGGGCAAUGUUCGACUUACAGUCGUACCGAAUCCCAACUGCGACUCCGGAGCACAGGGCGUCUUUGUGGGAGGCAUUGGGACUGGAGCAGGAUCUGAUGAUGACGGGUGGACCACUGUAGGCAUUGUCAUCAUAGCGGUGGUGUGCUGUGUGGUUGGUACUUCCCUGGUUUGGGUUGUCAUCAUCUACCACACCCGUCGAAGAAAUGAAGACUGCAGUGUCACCAACACAGACGAGACCAAUCUGCCUGCCGACAUCCCCAGCUAUCUGUCCUCUCAGGGCACAUUGGCUGACCGACAAGAUGGCUACAUCCCGUCUGAGAGUGGGAGCAGUCAUCAGUACAUGACUUCUUCAAUUAGUGGCUUCUAUCUGCAGCCUAAAGACAUGAACGGUCUGUGUCAGUUGGAUACAGGAAGUGAAGCAGACAUGGAAGCGGCCAUUGAUCCUUUGCUUUGCCAUUAUCAAGGCCCAAUCGGCUCACUCCUUCGAAGAGAUAACAUAUACUCCACUGACCCAACAGAAGUCUUCACAGGCUGUUGCACCGACCAAAGGCCCACCUGUAUUGACUCCUACAGUGGCAGCCUGACUAACUCUAAAAGGAGGGACUAUUUCCUGACUGAGCACUUUGACCUCUGCUCGUCCACUGUCCUGACGCAGCUUCCCGGCACUAGUCUGCAUCAUGGCCCCUCCCACCAGCAGAGUGACCGUCGUCCAUCAAUGGAGGAGGGGGAUAUGGUUGACUAUGGAAGACCUCAUGAAUGCCUUUCCCCCUGCAACACUUUCAUGGGAACAUUUGGGAAAGCUCCUUGGAGGCCUCAGGACCUUCAUCCAGGAUUCAGCCCACUUUCAAUAACACAAAAUGGAAUAACUCUGCAUGAAAAUCCUUACAUUGCUCCGGAUGCAGAGUCAGACCUCAAGAGCAACAAGGACUCUUCAUCAGAGCACAGCAACAGUGUGUAUGAACAGCCAUUUGAUGACACUCGGACUGAUCCCGUCUCACAAUGCAGGAUGAGCACUUAGCUGAGUGACUGAGCUCUAGUCUGUGUUUUUCAUGAAGAGAAAAACCAAAAAAAAAGAACAUUUCUACCUCACUGAAUGAACACUUUUGCAAUAAAGGACUCCUCAUAUGGACAAAGAGUGAAUGUAAAGGACAGUUUGAUGUUCCUGCAGAAACAAAAAGGAGCAGCUGUUGUUUGAG